AUGCCUAUGAAAACGCGGUCGCAUGCCGGCUCCGUGAAAAGUUCCCCGCACCCUCACAGACAAGCUGCAGAAGAGGCUGUGGCCUCAACUCUUGAUGAACCCCUUGAACGCGAGAAUAGAUUCCGCGAUGAUUGUUUACGGAGAGAUGACUAUUGUUCCGUGGUGAGCGGCCUUCUGGACCACGAUACCUAUAACGAACGAGGAAGGCCCCAGGGCGUCGGUUCAGCAAAUUUAACGGUAGCCCACAUCAUACCUUUUUCUUAUGGGAGCUGGAAUACGGCUACAGUACAACCCCAUAUCUCUACUAUAUAG